AUGAAAAUAAAUCAAUUAUCGCUACAGGUUUUAUAUAGAGCUAUUAAUCAUGCGGCAAAAAAUGGGAGAUUAGAUAUUGUUGAAUAUUUACAUUUAAAUAGGACAGAGGGAUGCUCUACCUUGGCUAUGGACAAGGCUGCUAUGAACGGCCAUUUUAAUGUCGUUCAAUGGUUGCAUUGGAAUAGAAAGGAAGGAGGAACAACAAAUGCCCUGGAUUUUGCAUCAACUUUGGAAAUAGUUGAAUUUCUAGACAAAAAUCGACAAGAAGGUGCAACAAAGACUGCUAUGGAUAAUGCUGCUUUAAUGGGCAGAUUGGAUAUUAUAAAAUACCUUGAUAAAAAUAGAACUGAAGGAUGUUCAGCUCAAGCUAUCGAUAAUUCUAUUAGAAAUAAUCAUCCUGAUAUUACCAAAUGGUUAGUUGAAAAUCGUAGUGAAAGAUUUCAAGCAUAUUCAAUGGAUUAUGCUAUUAAACCAUUUCAAGAGACAAAUGAAAUGAUAUACUAUAUUCAUGAAAACUCGAAAAUCAAGUGUACACCAAAUGCAACCAAGGCAAUCGAGAUGGGUCGAUUAGAUUUAGUUGAAUUUUUCUACCAACACUAUCGUGCUGCGGCCAUGUGGACCUACGGACUUACUCCCCUAUCCGACGCUGCAUUCAAUGGACAUUUGGACAUUGUUCAAUUCCUUUUCAAAACUGGUAAUUAUGGACAUCAUAUAUUAAACGCAAUUGAAAGAGCAUCAAAUAAUGGGCACUUAAAUGUUAUUAAAUUUUUAUAUUUAAAUAGAACAAAUGAAAUGAAUUUGUCAAAAUCAUUGAGUAAUGCUAUCAAUUAUAAUCAACAUAAUAAUAAUUAUUUGGAUGUUGUAAAAUAUAUUAUAGAGACUGAUCCAAAAGGAUAUUGGCCAAAACAAGAUCCUCCACAGUUUAAAAGAAGUAAUACUCAAGCAUACGAUGUUUUCUCUCUUUUAUUGGAAUACAAAAUGAUUGACAGUACUAAAAUCAAUAGUGAUUAUAUUAGAUUAAUGUAUUCACGCGGUCUUUUUGAAUUGGUUGAUCUUUGUAAUUCAUUAUCAAAAAUUAAUACUAAAAUUGAAAAUGAAUCAAACAUUACCAUUCCUUGGAUCUAA